AUGGCCAAAAAAUUCGAAUAUGAGUUUGUGAAGAAUGAACCAAAGCGUAUUCGAGUUUUUUGCCGGUUUAAGGUAGCCAAAAAUUGCCCAUGGAUGUUAUUUGCCUCUCCGCCGAAAAAUGAUAAUAGACUUGAAAUAAAAAGGUUUGUGGACAUUCACAACUGUGGACAACAUGCCAAUAAUGCAGGUCAAUCUAAAGCCUCUCGUCAUUUCAUUGCUACCCAAUUACAACCCACGUUGAAGGUACGUCCGGAUAUACGACCUAUUGACGUUCAGAAGGAGUUUCUAAGUUCAUAUGGGAUUAGGGUUGAAUAUAGUAAGAUUUGGUGGGGUAAAGAAAGAGCUCAAGAGCGAUUAUAUGGUGAUGCUUAUGAGUCCUACGAUCAAUUGAGAUGGUAUGUAGACGAGGUUAAGAAGACAAAUCCGGGAAGCUACAUUCAUGUUGAACAAGACGAGGGUAGGUUUACAAGGAUAUUCAUCUGCUAUGCGGCCUGCAUAAAUGGUUUUUUACAAGGUUGCAGACCACUUAUAUUUUUGGAUGGAACCUUUCUGAAAGAUCGAUUCAAAGGUAUACUAUUAAGCGCUGUACCAUAUGAUGACAAUCAGGGGAUAUUUCCAUUGGCCUAUUGUAUCUGCGAUCAAGAAAAUAAUGUUAACUGGAAGUGGUUCCUACAAGGUCUGUGGUCCAUUCUCUAUGAAAGGGCAGAUCCAUACAACCCUCCACAUAAGCUAGUGAUAAUUUCAGAUGCGGAUAAAGGGAUCAGAGAAGCAGUUAGAGAAUUUUUUCCCGAUUCUAUACACUCUCGCUGUGUGCUGCAUCUGGUCGAGAACUUCAGAACAAAGUUGAAGGAUUUGGGAUUCAAGUCAAAGGAUUCUCAGAUCUUGG